CGAUUUUGCAGAGGAGCUGGCGCCGUUUGUUUUCUGUGUUCCGGUCAAGUUUCUGUGUUCCCCGGUGAAGUUGCUGCUGCAGGGAGUUGAUAAACUGAGACGUUUGGAGAGCCGAGAAACCACAACAUGGUUAUAAGCUGAUUUGAAUUGUUCAUCUGGUGUUGAUUUAAUUUUGGUAUUUUAUUGACUUCUGCCCUCAAUUUGAUUAUUUCCUAUCUUCUACUCCUCCUGGACAGCUAAUUUUAAGAUGACCUGUACCACUGCUUGUGAGACUUUGUCAUAAGCCCAAUUUCUACUAAAAUGGAUAAAACUUGUAAAGCCAUGGAGCCAUCGCCCAGACUUCUGAUGGGGGAAAGAUCUUAAGAUCUGGUUCCUGCUUUUUUCUCAUGAUUGUCUGAAAUCCCUGUGACAACCAGAAGGCAGUGACCUAUGAUGAUGUGCACAUCAACUUCACCCGGGAAGAGUGGGAUUUGCUGAAUCUUUCCCAGAAGAAUCUCUAUAAGGAUGUAAUGCUGGAAACCUACAAGAACCUCAUUUCUAUAGGAUACAUUGGGGAAGACCAUAACACUGAAGAACAUUGGCAAUGUUCUAGAAGACAUGCAAGGAUUGAAAGAAACCAAAAUGGUGACAAGAAACUUUCAGAGUAUAUGCAAUGUGUUCAAGCCUUUUCUGAUGACACCCACUUUCUAAGACAUGAAAAAACACAUACUGGAGAAAAACAGUCUAAAAUUAAGCAGUACGGGGAAGACUUUGCUUAUCACAGUUAUAUUCACGUGCUUGAAAGAAAACACACUGGAAAUAAACCCUAUGAAUAUAGUCAAGGUGAUAAAGACAUUGUUCUUUAUGAAACUCAUCAAAGUCAUAACAGCACACAUACUGGAGAGAAACCUUAUGAAUGCGAUCAGUGUGGUAAGGCCUAUGCAUCUCAAACUGAACUUCAAAAGCCUAAAAGAAUACAUACUGGAGAGAAACGCUAUGAAUGUAAUCAGUGUGGUAACAUCUUUGCAUCUCUUCAAAGGCAUAAAAGAACACAUACUGGAGAGAAACGCUAUGAGUGUAAUCAGUGUGGUAAGGCCUUUGCAUGUCACAGUCAUCUUCAAGUGCAUAAAAGGAUACAUACUGGAGAGAAACCCUAUGAAUGUAAUCACUGUGGUAAGACCUUUGCACGUCAUAGUCAUCUUCAGUUGCAUAAAAGAACACAUACUGGAGAGAAACCCUAUGAAUGUAAUCACUGUGGUAAGACCUUUGCACGUCACAGUGAUCUUCAAAAGCAUAAAAGAACACAUACUGGAGAAAAACCUUAUCGAUGUAAUCAAUGUGGUAAAGCCUUUGUCCAGCACAGUCAUCUUCAAAGGCAUAAAAGAACACAUACUGGAGAGAAACCAUAUGAAUGUAAUCAGUGUGGUAAGGCCUUUACACGACUCAGUCAUCUUCAUUUGCAUAAGAAAACACAUACUGGAGAGAAACCCUAUGAAUGUAAUCUGUGUGGUAAGGCCUUUGCAGCUCAGAGAAAUCUUCAAAAGCAUAAAAGAACACAUACUAAAGAGAAACCCUAUGCAUGUAGUCAGUGUGGCAAGGCCUUUGCAUGUCACAGUCUUCUUCAAGUGCAUAAAAGAAAACAUACUGGAGAAAAACCCUAUGAAUGUAAUCAGUGUGGUAAGGCCUUUGCUGAAGACAGUACUCUUCAAAAGCAUGAAAGAACACAUACUGGAGAAAAACCUUAUGAAUGUAAGCAGUGUGGUAAGGCCUUUGCACAUCAUAGUCAAGUUCAAGUGCAUAAAACAACACAUACUGGAGAGAAACCCUAUGAAUGUAAUCAGUGUGGUAAGGCCUUUGCAGCUCAGAGUAAUCUUCAAUUCCAUAAAAAAACACAUACUGGAGAGAAACACUAUGAAUGUAGUUUGUGUGGUAAGGCUUUUGCAUGUCACAGUCAUCUUCAAUUGCAUAAAAGAAAACAUACUGGAGAGAAAGAAACCCUAUGAACGUUAUUAGUGUAAAAAGGCCUUUGCACGUCAUGGGAGUCUUCAAUUACAUAGAACACAUACAAGAUAGAAAAACUAUGAAUGUAAUCAAUGUGGUAAGGCCAUUACAAGUCUCAGUCUUCUUAAAUUGCAUAAAAAAACACAUUCUAGUGAGAAACCUUAUUAUUGUAAUCAUUUUGGUAAGGCCUUUGCAAAACACAGUCAUCUUCAAAUGUACAAAGGUCACAGAGUAGAGAGGACCCCUAUGAAUGUAGUCAGUGUGGUUAGGUGUUUGAAGACCACUGUACUCUUCAAAGUUAUAAGAGAUCACACAGUGUGGGAAAACUUUAUGAAUGUAUAUCAGUGGAAGGAAGACUUUUUACAUCUUAUUCAUCUUCAAAUGCAUAAAAGAACACAGACUGGACAGAUAACUGUCAAUGGAAUCUGUGGUAAAUCCUUUGUCACAACCAUCUGUAAAUACAUUAAAUAACUCUUCCUGCAGAGAAACUCUAUGAAUUUAAUGUAUGUAUUCUUCAAAACCAUGAGAAAAAUCAUGCUAUAAUAAAACUCUAUUAGUGAAUUUAGUGUUUUAAUGUUUUGUACUUCAUACAGGAGUAAGACUUUUGUGUGUAAUCAAUCUGAUAAAG